AUGGACUUCGCGAAGCUGAUGUCAGCUCACAUCAAGAAGGGCAAAGACACAGCCUCGCCUGCCGAGUCAACCGAGAAAAAGUACCUGAAGCGCAGCGAGAUCGAAGCGCAACGGCAAGCUGCAUACGUCGCGGAGCAAGAAGCUGCCGAGAAGGCGCGGCGAGAGCGGCUGGAGAAGAAGCGCAAAGCUGAGGAGGACGAGGCUGAAAGAGAAGCUGAGCGCCGGGAAAAGCGAAUGCGCAUGGCCGAAGAAUCAAGACGCAUAAGAGAAGAAGAGGAAGAGGCAGAGGAAAGGCAGCGGCGAAAGCGACUAGGGCUCCCUGAUCUUCCGCCCAAGAAUAAGGAGGGCGAAGGAGAUGGUACACCGGUACCCGAAGAGGAAGACAUCGAAGACGAAGAGCUGGUCGCAAAGCUGAGAGCCCUCGAUGAACCAGCGCGACUGUUCGGCGAGACGCACAAACAACGUCUCAAGCGAUACAAGAAGCGCGUGGGCGCGGACAGCCUCGCAGCCAUCAUGACUGACGGUCCGAUACCUACAACACUACAACUAGUGCCCGAGAAGGACAUGAAGGUCAAUCUCCAGGUACCCAAGGACAAGCAAGGCCGUGAGUUCCUCUUCAGGCAACUAGCGAGCUACUUUACCAUGGUGCUGAAAGAAUGGGAUCUCACGCUCCUACGUCGAGAUGCCCAAGUCAAAGAGAGUUAUCAAGGAAAACAAGCCUAUGCUGCUAUGGUGCAAGCACGUGAAAACAUGCGACCCCUAUUCAAGAAGCUAGAAAAGUUCGAUCUUCCAGACAGCAUCGUCGAACCCGUUGUAGAGAUUGUGCACGCUGCACAGGAGCGAAGAUACGUCGACGCGAAUGAUGGAUAUUUACGUCUUAGUAUUGGUAAAGCGGCAUGGCCCAUCGGUGUCACCAUGGUGGGUAUUCACGAGAGAACUACUUUGAGAUUCUGUCACGCAACUUUCUUCACGAUGCACGAAGUCGUGACUUUACAGUUCGGCAACCAAAGCAACUACCUGGGCACUCACUUUUGGAAUACACAGGAGUCCUACUUUACAUAUCCACCUGAGCCAGAGUCGCCUGUCAACCAUGAUGUACUUUUUAGGCCAGGUGUUGCUCCAGAUGGAUCCGAUACCUUCACACCAAGAACGCUCAUAUACGACCUUAAAGGUGCUUUUGGCAGUAUGAGAAAAAUCAAUGCGCUGUACGAGGCCGAGGACGACAGGAGUAUAUUAGACCAGAACGGAGUUUGGCCAUCCAAGCCUGUUGUCCAGCGCGCAGCCGAGACUAUCCCACAGUCCGCCUACCAAGAGCACCUUGAUGCCGGCCUGGAUCCUCCCCCACUCAGUGCAUCGUCUGUCCGGUACUGGUCUGACUACAGCCGUGUCUACUAUCAUCCAAAAUCGAUCGUUCAAUUGUCUGAGUUUGAUGUAAACGACAAGCUCAUGCCUUUUGAGAGUUGGGAUGUAGGCAUGGAACUGUUCGAAAAGCUUGAGAGGGAGGUCGACUUAGUCGAUAGAGACCUGCGGCCAUUCGUUGAAGAAUGCGAUGGUAUUCAGGGAUUGCAAAUCUUCACGGGUGUUGACGACGCUUGGGGAGGCUGGACGUCAGGUUGGCUAGAGAGAUUGAGGGACGAGUACGGAAAGUUGAGUAUAUGGACCUGGGGCUUGGGUGACCACGGCGCCAAUACUACGACUCCUCGGGAAAAACGUUUGCAACAAAUCACAAAUUCGGCACGAUCGCUCCACGUGCUUGGCGAGCAGUCAUCAGUAUUUGUGCCAAUGUCGAAUAGUCCCGCCAAACUACCAGGUUACUUGUCAGUCGACACCACGUCGCCCUGGCACAUUGCGGCUUUGCAAGUCGUCGGUCUGGAGAGCAUGACCAUAUCUUCACGAUUAAGAGCAUCUUUGGGCGGACGAGGCACGCUCCAGGAUCUGGAAAACACCAUCAACAGUACAGGAAAACGACGCAUAGCAAAACUCGAGAUGAGUUUGGCAGAUCCAGACGUUUUAUCAGCUAAAGCUUUGGACGAAGUCGAACAAGCAGAAAAAGUCGGUUCCAUGACGUCGAGGCAGACUAGUGAAAAUGACGAUCGACUAAGUAAUUUUGAUAUUGAUACCUUCAGUCGCGAAUAUAGGACGGCUACCAAGAAAGGAAAGAAAGAACACGUUUUUGGACGGGCAGAGGCUUCUCGUGGGGAAUGGGUUCUGUCUCAGGAUAACGAACGUGAUCCUCAUGACAGGUUCGACAGUGGACCAGCAUUGCAGAGGUUUGCCGCACCACUACUAUUUCCUCUACUUGACAGCUUUCCUCGGUCGAUAUUGGAUGUAGGGUCCGAUCACUUCACUAAGCUCGCCGUGCACACUGGACUCACGACAAGCACCGCUGUUGCUGAUCAGAUCCGAGCAGUAGAGCAAAUCGUCAAGCGGAUGACGGGCAUCGAAGAAAAAGAAACACUUUGUAACGGCUUACAAGUUCUUGCAGAGGAGUACGAUGAAGGCUGGGAUAGCGGCACAGAAAGCGAUGAUGACGAUUAG